AUUUCCGGUGGGGGUGCCGCGCCCAGUGAGGACCCGGAAGUGGGUCGCGCGAAGAUUGCUGGGCGGUUCUUGCCGGAAGUGGAGAGCGGCUGAUCAUAGUCCCGAGGUGGUACACUAUGGCUGACAUGCAAAAUCUUGUAGAAAGAUUGGAGAGGGCAGUUGGCCGCUUGGAGGCAGUGUCCCACACUUCUGACAUGCAUCGUGGGUAUGGAGACAGUUCUUCAAAAGGAACAGUUCCUUAUGUGCAAGCAUUUGACUCCCUGCUUGCUGGUCCUGUGGCCGAAUACUUGAAGAUCAGUAAAGAGAUUGGAGGAGACGUGCAGAAACAUGCAGAGAUGGUUCUCACAGGUCUGAAGUUGGAGCGAGCUCUUCUGGUUACAGCUUCUCAGUGCCAGCAGCCAGCCAGUAAUAAGCUUUCUGAUUUGUUGACACCCAUCUCAGAGCAGAUUCAAGAAGUGAUAAACUUCCGGGAGAAGAACCGAGGCAGCAAGCUAUUCAAUCACCUGUCAGCUGUUAGUGAGAGCAUCCAGGCCCUGGGCUGGGUGGCCAUGGCUCCCAAACCCGGCCCCUAUGUGAAAGAAAUGAAUGACGCUGCCAUGUUUUAUACAAACCGAGUCCUCAAGGAGUACAAAGAUGUGGAUAAAAAGCACGUGGACUGGGUCAAAGUGUACUUGAGCAUAUGGACAGAGUUGCAGGCUUACAUCAAGGAGUUCCAUACCACUGGCCUGAACUGGAGCAAAACGGGACCUGUGGCAAAAGAACUGAGUGGAUUGCCAUCUGGACCAUCUCUUGGUUCAGGUCCUCCUCCCCCCCCACCAGGCCCACCUCCCCCUCCAGUCACCACCAGUUCAGGCUCUGACGACUCUGCGUCCCGCUCAGCAUUGUUUGCACAGAUCAAUCAAGGGGAGAGCAUCACACAUGCCCUGAAACAUGUAUCUGAUGACAUGAAGACUCACAAGAACCCUGCCCUGAAGGCUCAAAGUGGUCCUGUACGCAGUGGCCCUAAACCAUUCUCAGCACCUAAACCCCAAACUAGCCCAUCCCCCAAGCCAGGUGCAAAGAAGGAGCCAGCUCUACUUGAACUGGAGGGCAAGAAAUGGAGAGUGGAAAAUCAGGAGAAUGUUUCUAACCUGGUGAUUGAUGACACAGAGCUGAAACAGGUGGUUUACAUAUACAAGUGUGUCAACACGACAUUGCAAAUCAAAGGCAAAAUUAACUCCAUUAUAGUAGAUAACUGUAAGAAACUUGGUCUGGUAUUCGAUGACGUUGUGGGCAUCGUGGAGAUAAUCAAUAGUAGAGAUGUCAAAGUUCAGGUAAUGGGUAAAGUGCCAACCAUUUCCAUUAACAAAACAGAUGGCUGCCAUGCUUACCUGAGCAAGAAUUCCCUGGAUUGUGAGAUAGUCAGUGCCAAAUCUUCUGAGAUGAACGUCCUCAUUCCUACAGAAGGCGGUGACUUUAAUGAGUUCCCAGUCCCUGAGCAGUUCAAGACCCUAUGGAACGGGCAAAAGUUGGUCACCUCAGUGACGGAAAUUGCUGGAUAAGCAAAGAGCCAGUGGGUUCUUUGCCUCUCCCUUCACACCAUGGGAUAAAUCUGUAUUGAGACGGUUCUUUUCUAGAUUUCCUCUACCUUUCUGCUCUUAAACAGCUUCUCUGCUCUGAGAAGCCAAGCUACCUGCCUUCACUGAAUAUACCUCAGGCUGAGAUUUGGGGUGGGCCAGCAGGUCGGUUGAUCUUCUGCAGGAAAGUGCAGCUUCUCCACGUCAGCACAGCCACACCACCAGCCCAUUCUUAAGGGACUAUAGACCCGGACUGGGGUGUUUCAGCUUUCAGCUUUUUUGGGAGGGGUAAUUAUUCCACCAACAAACAGUCCUUUGGGAAGAAUAACAGUCCCAUGAGUUAAUAUCAGAAUAUGCGUACUGAUUAAUCUUUUUCUAACCAUGAACAUGGAAGUAGAAGCUGGUAUGAUUCCAGGUGGUUCUUCUAACCAGACUAAUUUUUCACUACUGACAAGUGAGGUGAGGGUUGCAUUGGACCAAACGCUGAGGCUUGGCCACCUAGUGUUCAAAGCAAACGUGUUUCCUAAAGCAUUCCAUCGCUCUGCAUUCCAUCCUUGGUCCCAGCGGCAGUAGCAGUGCCCUGGGUCUUGAGCCCUUUCUUUCUCUGGACUCCCUGCCCAGCACCUUCCUACAGAGGUGUCUUUAUAAAAGAAAAAGGAAAAACAAAGAUGCCAUUCCAAGGCAUUCCUCCUCUUCUGCCCGUCAUCCAUCGUCUCAGCAGCCCCCGCCGGUCAUACCCAACAGCUUAGGGCCUUGGUCCAGGCAUCCGAACAGAGGACUAAAACUGCCACUGCAGGCUGGUUUAGGUCUUGAGUUAUGUGAGAAUCCUGCACAGCAUUGCUAAUGUAAAUUCAGUUCUCCCCUCUAGGAUACACUUACCAAAAUACGCAACUUGUUUUCUGGUGGGAAGAGAGACUGUCCUGUGACUUCUGCCCAUUUCCUGAGGCCUGUGGAAAUAAACCUUCAUGGACUUAAAGUUACACAGAAAAUAGAAUAAAGUUAAUACCAGACUU